GCUGCUGGCGGAGAUGGAACGGAUGCAGAUGGAAAUCGACCAGCUGCGGGGCCGACCCGUCUCCUCCUACUCCAGGUCCCUUCCGGGCAGCGCCCUGGAGCUGCGCUACUCCCAGGGCCCCGCCCUGCCCGCAGACCCCUACGCCGGCGCCCCCCGCAGGCACAAGAAGGGGCGCUGGGCUGUCAAGGAUGAAGCCACUAAGGAGUGGGAGCGGGCGCAGCAAGCAGGGGGGCUGGCCCAGCCCUUCGAGGGGGGGCUGGACGGGUCGGACGAGGAGGAGCGCGACCCCCUCUUCGGCUCGGCCGACUUGCUCUCGCCCAGCGGGCAGACGGACGUGCAGACGCUGGCCAUCAUGUUACAGGAGCAGCUCGAGGCCAUCAACAAGGAGAUCAAGCUGAUCCAGGAGGAGAAGGAGUGCACGGAGCUGCGGGCCGAGGAGAUUGAGAGCCGGGUCAGCGGCUCGGCGCUGGACGGGUCCCUGGGCCGGUACCGGGCCGGCGCCUCCAUCCCCCCGUCCGUCACCAGCUCCACCCUGGCCAGCCCCUCGCCUCCCAGCAGCGGGCACUCCACCCCCCGCCUGGCGCCCCACAGCCCUGCUCGCGAGGGAGACAGGAUGAACCACGUGCCCAAGGAGGAGGGGCGUGGGGCGGAGGAGAAGGCCCUGGUGCCCUGUGAGACGCCGCCCCCCGCCACCCCCCGCACCGCCCGGCUGGAGCGGGUGAGCCAGGCCCUGGCGCUGCAGGCCGGA